AUGUCCACCAGCACCCACAGCCAGGCCGGGGGCCGGCAGUUCCCGGGGAACUGCACCCUGGAGAAGGCCCUGCAGACCAUCGUGGACAGGUUCCACCAGUACAGCGUCCGCCAGGGCGAGAUCGACCUCCUGAGCUUCAAUGAAUUCAAGACGAUGCUGACGGAGCAGGCGCCGUCCUUCCUGAAGGCCUGCGACAGGAACCGGGCUGGCUACUUGGAGAAGCUCUUCCAGGAGACCGACCUGAACAAGGACAAAGACCUGAGCUUUGAGGAGUUCACCAUCGUGCUGAGCAAGCUGGCCGACGACGCCCACCGCAUCAGCCACGGCUCCGAGCGCUGCGGGCCGGACAAGGACUGA